AUGGAGUCGGUCUUGACUGCAAUUGGAGACGGUCUGCCAGCGUCGUCCAGUGCCGAUGAGGUGCAGGUGGUUGGCGUUGAGGUGGUGACCUGUCCACGGCUACAACUGCCACGUCUUGAUGCGCUGCUCGACGACCUCAUUGACUUUGAAGCAUGCACUCACUUUCGAAAAGGCGCGGACGACGUUUAUAUCGCGUCCGAUCCGACGACUACUGCGACCGACACGACGGCCGCCCAUCGCAUUCCGACCACGUCCUCUCAUAGUGAACUCAAGAUGUACUUGUCGCACUUGGCAGCGCUGAAUGCAGUCAGUCAGUACUUGCACGUAGCUGCUGAUUGA